AUGACUCUCGAUGUGAAUUAUACCAAUGGUACCAAUGAUAAUAUUUUCCCACGUUCUAUGAUGAAUAACACAACGGAUUAUUCUAGCGUUCCCAUUACAUGGGAACUACCAAAUAUUGGAGAAGAUUUCAUCGAAUCAACUCCUGCAAGUACCACCACUUGUGUUUCCGCAACCUCAACACUAGUUGAAUCUGAAAUUACAGUUAGUUCACUCGAUACUAACAGUUCUAUUAAUUUUAUUUCGUUUUCUCCUAUCCCCUCUCACAUAUACCCUGCUUUUAGUAGAAAUAGUGGGAGGGGAAGGAGAAAUGCAAUUUCUGUUCCUCAUAACAGUUUUAUUUCCCAUCAGCAGUCAAUUAUAUGUACAAUACAAAACGAUAUACGUGGUUACACUUCUUCUCAGGCAUCUAAUAAUAAUGAAUUGAAUGAAUUCAAAAUAAUAUUAAUUGGGUACUUCCAGGGUGUACCUGCAUAUGAUGUGAUAUAG